UUUUUAUUGAUGUUCACUUGUGUCGUUUAACCUUUUGUUCACUCAAAUCCAGGGUUUUCAAGUCUUCUCUGCUUUUUGACUUAUUUAUAUUUUUCCUUUCUCGGUUUGGUUUGGACUGAGUCUUGGUGUUUCCUCUUCUUUUUCUUUCUAAUCUCUGCAAAUUGUACUGCUUUUUUUUUUAUGUUUUGUGGAGUUGGUUUAAUUGAGUGAGUGGGAUUUUGUCUGUUAUCAAAAGGGCACCUUUUUUUUGUAUAGUUUAAUUGGUGGCGGUGCUGGUGGCUGCGGUGGCAGUAGCCAUGAACAACUCUGAUUAUUUGUGAUAAUAGGACUGUGAUUGAGAUGCCAAGCUUUGUUCCUUCUUCCAAUCCCAUGGGUACUGAAGGAAAUGAUGUCCGUGCUUCUCGAAUUUCAGACUUUGGAGCACUUGAACAAUCUCUUGGAUUUCGAAUAGAGGAUGCUGUUGAUCUUAGCAGAAAUCCCAUAUUUAAUCAAUUAAAAUCAAGCAACCACGCAUUAGGAGCUGAUGUCCAAUUUGGCAGUUUGGCCAAGUUGCUCAAACCCUGUUUCCGUCUCUCCCUCCGCGUGGAGUUUCAGUCUCUUGCAUCCUCAGAUAUAAAUAUGUCUACUGCUGUUGCGAGUACCCAAACAUUAGCACUUCAGCGAGAACCACAACCAAGUCCAGUUUCAAUGCUUGGUAGCCACCGCGAGAAUUGGGGAGAGACCGAUGUCGCAAAUGGCAGUCCUAUGAGUGAUAGUUCAGGAGAUGACACGGAUGACACAGAUGACAAGAAUCAAAGGUUUGAAAGAGGACUGUCUACUGCAGUUAUAGCAUCUGAAUCCAGUGGCAAAUCAAAGGAGAAAGCAGAUCAAAAGACACUACGUAGACUUGCUCAAAAUCGUGAAGCUGCCAGAAAAAGCCGGUUAAGGAAAAAAGCAUAUGUACAACAAUUGGAGAGCAGUCGGCUGAAACUAACCCAACUUGAACAAGAGCUCCAAAAAGCACGCCAACAGGGCAUCUUUAUUUCAAACUCUGGAGAUCAAUCCCAUUCAAUGAGCGGAAAUGGUGCCUUGGCAUUUGAUGCAGAGUAUGCACGGUGGCUGGAAGAACACAACAAGCAGAUAAAUGAGCUGAGAGCUGCAGUCAAUUCUCAUGCUGGAGAUACAGAACUUCGUACUAUUGUUGAUAAUGUCGCAGGGCACUUCAAUGACAUUUUCAGACUGAAGGGAGUUGCAGCAAAGGCUGAUGUUUUUCACAUCUUAUCAGGAAUGUGGAAAACACCAGCAGAGCGGUGUUUCAUGUGGCUUGGUGGCUUCCGCUCGUCUGAGCUUCUGAAGCUUCUUACAAAUCAAUUGGAGCCUCUAACUGAGCAACAAUUAAUGGGCAUCUGCAACUUGCAGCAAUCAUCCCAACAGGCCGAAGAUGCUCUAUCACAAGGAAUGGAAGCACUGCAGCAGUCAUUGGCUGAAACAUUGGCAAAUGGCACCCCUGGUUCAUCAGGUCCUUCUGUAAAUGUAGCAAACUAUAUGGGUCAGAUGGCCAUGGCCAUGGGAAAGCUAGGAACUCUAGAGGGCUUUCUUCACCAGGCUGAUAAUCUUAGACAGCAAACACUUGAACAAAUGCACCGUAUACUGACAACUCGGCAGUCAGCUCGUGCCCUUCUAGCCAUAAAUGAUUAUUUCUCUAGGCUUCGAGCCCUGAGUUCUCUCUGGUUAGCCCGGCCACGGGAAUGAAACAUGUAGAUUACCCAUCUUUGAAGUUACGAAUAGAGAUUUGACUUUGGGACCAAGCUGAUAGCUUUGGGUUCUACAACCUUACGAAAUUUCUGGCUCAACAAUUGUGGUGCAAUAAGGUGAUGAUGAUUGUGGUAGUUUCAGGUUCCAGUGUGUUGUAAAAUCAGAUACGUCGUGUAGAUUAAUGGCGGUGUCUUGUGUUGUAAAACAUUUUGCCAAAAAUUUGAUGCUUGUUAGAAGUGAUAAAAGAUGUAAGAUAUGUAACAUAGGUAUUUACAGUUAUCAAUUUGUAUCCUAAUAAUUAGAAUCAGGGUGUUUUAGAUUUAUUAAAGGUCUUGUUGGUUAUUGAUGAUUGUAUAAUAUUCUUGUUUCUUUCUUUGCAAGGAAUGAAUAAAUUUUCUAUCA